GAGAGGAAAAGUGGGGGGAAAGGGAUAAACAGGAAGUGAGUGGAAGAAGUGGCUAGUGAAAAAGGAUGGAAUGAAAGAGGAAAUAGAUAAAGGAGAGAGUUAGAGGAAGAGAGGCGCAUGUUACUGAAUGUUACUGGCAGCAAUGAGCAACGUAAUGGCUGUAAGAAGAAAAGACAUAAUGUCACUGUCAGCAUCUUUCAUCAUCUGAUUCUCCAUCUGCCAAACUAUCAGGUGCAGAUCUGCUGAACUUUGCUCCAGUUUGUUGAGAUGUUCUGCUAAACAUUUCCUACCUCCAACCUGCGUUGCCGUUCCGCUGAUCCCACUUUCCAGCGACCAGGCUCCACGCUGAUCUGAAAACGGUCUGGGAUUUAUUUUGUUAACCAUUUUUGACGCAGGAAAGAAAUCGAUUCAUCAAUUAUUACCUCCCUGAGUAGGGAUUCUGUAAAAACAUCACUUUAUUUAAUUUGAGGAUAAAUUCUUAUUUAACCACUCUUCUGCUUGUGCAUCACCAUGUAUCCUCUGAUUAUCACGGAGAGCUGAGACACAAUCCCCAGCCUCCUCAACUGCUCGAAUUUCAUCCCAUCUCCUCCAGCACUCUUUAUAUCCCAAUUUUACAGGAGGAGAGGCAUUUCCAACAUGGCCCUAUUGGGGCAUAUAUUCCUGAGUUUGUCAGGACUUGCUCUGGUUCUAGGGCAGGAUGGGGCUGGCUGGGGUCAGAUGAUCCAGUGGGAAGACAGUGGAAGGCGCUACCGACUGCUAAAUUCAGGCUCUGAGUUUCAAGCAGCAGGAGAGGGCACUGGUGGGACUAGAGUUGUGCUGGAUGGAAGUCGUGGAGGUGGUUUAGGUCUUCGUCGCCAAGCACCCACUUUGCCGCGUACAAGUUCCCAGACAGUUAGGGGUAACACUCGUCACCCAUUUGGUUUUGGGCAAGUGCCAGACAAUUGGCAAGGUGGGGGAGAGUCAACAGGCACAGGGCGCUUUGUACCUUCUGCAGGAACUGGUGGUGGUGGAAGAAUACGACAGUCAAGUUCCCAGAAUUCUGUGGGACAAUCUUUUGUUCCGAGGCAGCAACCUCCUUAUGUACAGCAACCUCCAUAUGCUCCGCAACAGCCCUAUGCACCACAACCGCCCUAUGCACCACAACCGCCCUACGCUCCACAACCUCCCUUUGCACCACAACCUCCCUAUGCAGCGCAGCCUGAUUAUUAUUCCCAAGGGUAUGAAGACAGUUAUGGAUACUCUCGUGGUGGAGGAAGCUAUGUUGCACAACCUUGGGGGGGAGGGUAUGAAGAGCCCUUGGAAGAUCCCUCUCCGCCAUUUGCUCAACCUCCAUAUUUUGGUGCACCCCCCAACCUUCUCCCUCAGCAACCUCCACCAGCCAAUCCUGUAGUGCCACAAGAUAGACUUGACCGUCGCUUUUUGCAUAGUCUAUUCCGAGGUGGUGAGGAACCCUCAGAGACUGAUUCAGUACGCCCAGCUACAGGAACAGGUGGUGGAGAUACAGGAUUUCCUCCAUUUACAAGGACUGGAACUAGUGAGGGAGGUUAUUUUGGAUCCCAAAGGCAAGAAACAUUUGUACCCCAGACCAGGUUACCCAAUGCCCCAUCCUCAGGGGGAGAAACUCAGGGAGAACAAAGCAGAGCCAGUGUGGGGAGCGUUUUCAGAGGCAAUCAGAAUGGUAGAGGUCUUCCAGAUUUGGUGCCGGAUCCCAAUUAUGUCCAAGCUGCCACCUAUGUGCAGAGAUCGCAUCUUUACUCACUGCGCUGUGCAGCAGAGGAGAACUGCCUCUCCAGCUCUGCAUACGCAGCAGACGUGUCAGAUUAUGAUGUCAGAGUUUUACUGCGGUUUCCGCAGAGAGUGAAGAAUCAAGGAACAGCCGAUUUUCUACCUACUCGCCCGCGUCAGGCCUGGGAAUGGCACAGCUGUCACCAGCAUUAUCACAGCAUGGAUGAAUUUAGUCACUAUGACCUGUUGGAUGCCACAACUGGCAGGAAGGUUGCAGAAGGACAUAAGGCCAGUUUCUGUCUAGAGGACACCACCUGCGACUUUGGAAACCUCAAGAGAUAUGCAUGUACAUCGCAUACGCAGGGUCUGAGUCCUGGUUGUUACGACACAUACAAUGCUGACAUUGACUGCCAGUGGAUCGAUAUCACUGAAGUGAAGCCUGGGAAUUACAUACUGAAGGUCGUUGUGAAUCCUAAAUACAAGGUGCUGGAGUCCGACUUCACCAACAAUGUGGUGCGGUGUAAUAUUCACUAUACAGGACGAUACGCGUCUGCUACAAAUUGCCGCAUCACUCAGUUUUGAGAAAAACUCUAAAGAAGAUUCUUACCAGUGAAGGAUUUAAAUCCUGCACCAUAAAGUCAUAGAAAUCUCUAACUGUAAAUCGCACCCCUAAAUCCCAAUCUAAUGAGCACACCAGAAUUCAUAUUAACACUUGUGUAAAAAAUCCUCACGUUUUCUAAUAAAAGAAAUUGUAAAAUUGA